GAGAGAGCGAGAUACUUUUUUUAUGGCGCACUCUCAUACAGUAUAUCCUCAAGAGAGAGAGAAAGAGAGAGCGAGAUACUUUUUUUAUGGCGCACUCUCAUACAGUAUAUCCUCAUAACCCUUGCAAAUAAGAAUAGCGCCCCAGUCAACUGUCAGUGGUGAGCGUAUCACAUGCCGCUCGUGGAGGUGUUCGGUGUUCGUGUUCAGGUGAGCUCAUACAGUUAGUUAUACAGUCCUUAUGCCGCUACUUUCAUGAGCCACGGAGAGGAGGACCUGGGACACAGCUGGCCCAUGGUGGUAUACUUUCCCGCACUCCAGGGAAGAGCACGGACAGGGCAGAGGCGGGACAGUGAGAGGACGAGGCAUCAGAGGACAACAACACGGAGAGCGGACACAGCCGAACCCAUCGCGACAUGGAGAUGACAACCCGCAAUUUGCACCUCGACUCCAAAGUUGACAAUUGCGAUGGAGUGAUCAACAGAAAUGGCGGGGACAUGACGGAGAUAUCUGUGCCUCUGUCCCACUCUGGGAAGCGUAUGCCUCAAAUCGAGGGGGGCAAUCUUUAUAGAUUGCGAGAUAGAAAAGUUUUAUUGGAGAACAAAAAGUGUCUGUGCGCAUGGGCUCUAGGCACCGCGCUGCUUGGGACACUGCUCAUGAUACUGCACGCGGAGCUUUGUCCAUUUAUUUACCAACCGGGCUCCCGCUACGCCUUUAUCAUCAACUGCUCCAUCAGCAUAUCCACUGGGUGUCUUCUGAUUCUCAUCGUAGCCUUCCAUUAUAAGGACAUUAGGCUCUUCAUCAUUGACCACAACCAGGUGGACUGGCGCAUCGCCAUGACAAGCCGGAGGGUGCUGGGCAUCUCCCUGGAGCUGCUGGUCUGUGCCAUCCAUCCCGUGGGCACCUACUGGGAGGUGGGCAUCCCUGCGCCCAUCGCCAGGGAGGGGGCAGAGGUCAACUCCUCCAACUCGGCGCCGCUGUGUGUAUCCUCCCGCCACGGGGAGGUGCUGUUGGACACAGAGCUGCUACUGUCGGCACUGAUGUUCCUCAGGCUGUACCUGGUCCACAGGACGAUCCUACUGCACAGCAAGGUGCUGCUCAGUGCCUCCUAUAGGAGUAUCGGCUCGCUCAACAACAUCAACUUCACGUUCCGCUUCGUGCUCAAGGUGCUGAUGAACAAGUACCCGGCGCGCACUCUGAUGGUGUUCAUCUUCUUGUUCUGGCUCAUCGCCUCCUGGAUGCUCACGCUGUGUGAGAGGCAGACACAGGAGGAGACUGGUCGUAUGGACACAGCUCUCUGGCUCAUUGCCAUCACCUUCCUCACCGUGGGAUACGGGGACGUGUCCCCCAAAACCAGCUGUGGCAAAGUGGUGUGCCUCUUCACCGGAGUCAUGGGUGUGGCCUGUACCGCCAUGCUGGUGGCCGUCAUGACCAAGAAGCUGGCGCUGAACAAAGGAGAGAAACACGUGCACUUCUUCAUGAUGGACAUCCAGAUCUCCAAACGGAUCCGCCAUGCUGCUGCCAACGUGCUGAGGGAGUGUUGGCUGCUGCACCGCACCAACCUGACCAAGGGCAACAGUGGAGAGCACCGCAGACUCCAGAGGUGCCUACUGGAGGCCAUCAGAGUAUUCCGGCACCUGCGCCUCAAACAAAGGAAGCUGAGAGAUUACGCCAGUGAGAUGGUCGACCUGCCCAAGAUGCAGAUGAUCAUGUGCGACUUGAGUGCGAACUGGAACAAUUCUUACCGGGAGCUGGAGCAGCGCAUCAUCUCCAUGGAGCAGAAGUUAGAUGAGCUAAGCCACUGCUUCCAACAGACCUCUGAGCUGCUGGCACAGGCCCUGUGCUACCGCAACCCUGAAAUCAGGUGACUCGUGGCUGUGUGGUGGUUGGGUGAACCACACUCGCUGCAGGCCUUUCCCAAAGACUAAAUAUGGAUGCUACCAGCCUUCUGUAAUUUCCAUCAGACCGGGAUGGGAAUCCUCUCCCCCCCCAAAGCUGCAUUUAACAUUUGGCCUGCUGCACCACUUGGACUACUGCCAGGAACACGGCUGGCAUCAUGUUCUGACCCAGCGGCUGAAUGGACCCUACGCACAACGACUCGUACUUGUAAAGACAAAAAAGGACUUCAUUUUACUACAGCGGGGUCUGAUAUAGAUGACUGGUGUAUUUUUAUCAGAUGUGUUUAAUGUACAAAGUAUUGCGUUAACAAUCUCAAUUAAGAACUCCAGUAACACGGCCUCUGGUUCUGUAGCUUGUGUCAUCUCAGAGGGAGGGGCUCUAUGGGUUCACCCACUGAUGGCUCUGUAAAGUAUGUCCCCUAACUCCUGCUAUUAGUGUUACAAGUUACAUUGGAGGCUCCUAAACAUAAUGCCUGGUUCCUAUGGAACAAGAGGUUUAAACAGCGUUUUUAAAUGUGAGGGAAAUGUCUUUGAAUGCCACUCAGUAUUGACAGCCUCUCUCAAAGCUUCUUUCAAUCAUACCCUUUUCCACAAGUUAAACACAACGGUUAUUCCACACCUUUUUCCUAACAGGAAUUAUAAAGAGGUGACAUUCUCAGAGGCACCAGUGUAUGGGAAAACUGCCUUAUUACUAGAGAGAGCUGCUGGUCUCUUAUAAAAUACACAUCUCUGUUCUCUUACUGUUCUAAUCCUCUAGAUUUUGUUGGAUUAGGAAAUAAAACAAUUUCUCUUCACAUGGCCUCAGUCAGAGGGAUAAACUGCUAGUCAGUUGCCAUGUCUCAAGGGCUGCCCGCUCGCCCACUCAAACACUCCCUAGGGUACUGUGGAGUUACCAAAGUAGACUGAAUUUAACAGAGACUCUUUGGCAUAAAGAACUAAUCUAGACUGUUAAGGCCUGACAUAUAUUGUUGUUUUAAGGAUGAUUGUAUGGGGAAGCAGUCAGUUUACAUAGUUAAGCUGUUCUCAUAACGAUCAAGACAAGUGGCAUAGCCUAAUAAAGUACGCAGGCUGAUAUUUAUUGGGACGACUCGUGUACUGGAGGCAGCUCUGCAGUGGUCACUAGCUGGCAAAGCCACAGUCAUAAAAUCUGAUUUGAAACCCAACCACGCUGCUAAACAUAAUGCCAAAUUGUUGUUUUUAUUAAUUUUUACAAUAUAGCCAACUUUGAAUUUGUAAGUCACCCAUUUAGUGGAAACCGCUCAGUUCUGCUUCCAGACUCAAGACAAUAAAUGUCAACCUGCAUAAAGUACAUGGAGACAUUGCUCACUGUUAUUCUAAUUCUGAUGUGACAGCUCCCCCCAGAGGAUAUGUACAUGCAUGACAAUCACACACCAGUCAUAGACAUGAAUGAAUGUCAAUCGACAUCAUAUUCUUGGGUCUCUGUGGCAGCCUAUGGAUUUUACAUCAUCAGUCUAAAAACGUUUGAAAUCUUUUACCAAACAAUACUUGUGACAUGGAUUGUUUUGGACUAGUAGCAGCCAAAUUAUAUUUAGUACACGGGUAGUAUUAAAAGUGGUCAGUCUUUAAAUGAGGGUGGAUUUUUAGAACACAGCUGUCAAUACAUGUUGCACUCAAGUGUGAAUGGGGAAAUAUGGGUUAGGGGCACUGCAUUGUCUUAUUUGCAUAACUUAUGUUAUUCACUUUGUGAAUCCACAAAUUGUACCUGUUCUCCAGCCCCAAUGGUAAGGCUGGUAAUCUGGGGCAUUACUAAAUCAAGCACCUUGUGAGGACAACUAUUCCCAUGGUUGUAUUUAAACUGGACUUCUGCAUUUUCAUUAACUGGAGUUAAGAUAUGUAAUUUAAAAAUAUAUAUAUAUCAUUUUUUUUAACAUGAGGAUAACAUGUAGAGGUAAUAUUGUGAAAUCGGCUUACAAAAGGAUAGAUUCUGCAAAAACGAUAACUGCGUUUACAGCUUUUCUUUUGCACAUGAUAAAACCAUGCAUUGUAAAUACAUUUUCUGGUCUUCCUGACAAUUAAAAGCCAUUGGUGAGUGGAA